AAUUAUAUUGUCAUGUCCCACAUCCAGAGUAAUUUGGGUUACAUCCGGUGUAGUAAGAGAAAUCACUUGUGGUAGAGUUCUCAGUAAUGUUAGUACAAGUGCCGACCCGGUGAACAUGCUAUAUACUUAAGCAUUAUUUUGAUUCAUUUAGGAGAUUUCCAGUUUACAAGAAACAUGAGUAACUGUCAGGGAGGAGGAUAAAUAAUUCGAGUGAUCACGAGUUUGAUAAAUGUGUAGCUGGGAGUGAGGCAACAGAGAGUGGUGGUUGUCCGUCGUUGAGUCCAGGUGAGCAGCUUCAGAAUGACAACCGUGGAGGUUUUUCUACUGACAGCGUUUGUAAUGACAACAUUUACCGAAUCCAAGAGUUUGGCACAAGCGGAGAAGAAAACAACAUGUGGGAUCCGUGGUCUGGGGACCUCUGACAUGAUGCUCACCUGCUACUUCCACCACAACGUGAAUGCUCUCCAGAAGGACUUCACUGUGUAUCUCUACAAAGGCGAAGAAAGCCCAAAGGAAGUGGUAUCGUGCCAGUGGACUCCGGAGGUUUCCUGCUACGUGGCCCCUGGGUACGAGUACGAGUACGACGGUGAUGUUCACCAUGAUCACACCAACGUCCGGUUACUCCACGCUACCACCGAGCAUGUUGGCAUGUACACCUGUCAGGUGAUUGGCGAAAGAAAUCCUGGAACUUGCAGUCUUACCGAGGAACAAAUUCAGAAGAACUCGCUGUCAACCACUCCGUACACAAAGCUUACCUCCACGACUCUACCUGCGCAAACCACAACAACAACAACAACAACAACAACAACAACAACAACAACAACUGUACUUCCUGAUGAUCGACAGUCACAAAAGACAGAUGAGCAGAACUCAGCAUCCAGUCAGCUUUCUGAUGAUGUACCCAGAGGAAGGUUGGCUGAAGAGCUUCAGCAGACAAGUCUCCAGGGCAACAUUCUAAUUUAUGUGGUUCCAUCUGGUUCAUUAAUUGUCUUCGUAAUUAUACUAGUCAUCGUACUUUGCUGGAGGAGGCAUAUAGAAGCUCGACGAAGAAGAAGAAGAGACCUCGUCAGUCACUCCGCACUGACAACAGGACAUGUAGAUGCUAGCAAUGUGUAGCAACAACAGAAUGAGACUAUCAUACACCUUCAUAUGCACCAAGAUGACCUCACUUCAUCCCCUUGAGGUGACUGUCACUUGGGGGACUGGGAGGCAGCAUCUGGCAGUUGGUUGUGGGACCGUUACUAAGGGCUGAGGCAGGUCAGGGACAUGAAAGUGUCAAGUCCUUGGUGUUUGUCACUUCUUCUUCUGCCGACAUCUUCAUCGUUGAAAAUGUCCUGAAGGAUUUUCUAGUCAUCUAGUGUGUUAUUGCAGCUUACAUGAACACAGUGGACAGGCUCAUGGUGUUUUGCUGUACCUACUCCUCAUGUCUAUGUGUAUAUGUGUGUAAAGACUGAUGCUCUCAAUGCACGGUACAACAAUGGUGACAAAAGUGUGAAGAACUCUCACAGAAAAAACAAAACUGAAUUUAAAUAUUACACACAGUUUAAACAUACAAUUAAUUUUCCUCUAGAGUGCUUACUCUACUCCUAACAUGUUGUAACACUUCAUUUUCCUCCUCAGGUUAUUCUGGUCUGAGUUCAGUCAGUCUUCGCUGUUUGAUAGUCUGCUUUUAGAGUAUCGAGUGGAAUAUCUUUUAAAGAUUCUUCUGAUAGUUGAAACUGUUGCUGAAAUCGCUUAUGAUGACCUUUUCUGCAAAAAUAUUAUCAUUCCAAGUAAAUUGUCAAAUAUAUAUUCUAAAAGCCAUUUCAGGGUCUUCCAGUCACUAAAAGCAUCAUAAAUGAGAAAAAGAUGAAAGGAGGAUGAAAAGAGAAACUAAGAAACUGUCACCUAGAUGUAGAAAUACUCAAACUGUAGAAUGGCUGGACAAUAAAGAGAUUUGCCUGAAAUUUUGCUUAUUAGGGUCUGACCAUGCUCUGUGUGUAAAUAUGUGUAUGUGUGUUUGUGUGUGUGUGUGUGUGAUGGGGAGAGAAAUGUUGUGUGUGCAUAAGUUUGCAAAGGGGCGGUGAUUAUGGACAGUGAUUGUAUUUUGAUUUAUUUUGGCGAGAGCUUCAAUAAA